CAGGUGUCACUACGUCAUGUAGGUAAUGAUGAAAGGUGUGGUGAAAGGUGCGUUCACUGGCUGGUUUGAAUUGAAAACACAAAGCCGUCGAGCUGGAAAAUCUGCUCGUAACACACCCGCCUGUAACAGCGGCUGUAACAGCUCGUGUACAAUUUAGCUACCUUCGCAGUUUACACCAAAAGCUACUAAAAAUGAGCAAAAUCGCGAAAUUAUUCAAGGGGAGCUCCAGCUCGAGUUCAUCCAAACACCACCGGUCGCGGGGAGGACCUUCACCCCAAGAGGCCAUUCACAAACUCCGGGAAACCGAAGAAAUGCUGACGAAGAAACAAGACUACCUGGAGAAGAGAAUUGAGCAGGAACUUAUGAUCGCCAGGAAGAAUGGCACCAAAAACAAGCGAGCUGCUCUGCAGGCUUUGAAGAGGAAGAAGCGCUUAGAGCAGCAGCUCACGCAGAUCGAUGGCACGCUCUCCACCAUCGAGUUUCAGAGGGAAGCUUUGGAGAACUCGCACACCAACACAGAGGUUCUGAAGAACAUGGGCUUUGCUGCCAAGGCCAUGAAGCAGGUCCACGAGAACAUGGACAUUGGCAAGAUAGAUGAUCUGAUGCAGGACAUCACAGAGCAACAAGACGUAGCCCGAGAGAUUAGCGACGCAAUCUCCGGACCUUUUGGCGAGACAUUUGACGAGGAUGAGCUGAUGGCAGAGCUGGCAGAGCUGGAACAGGAGGAGUUUGAGGACAGUAUGAAGGGUAUGGGCGGACUACCCAGUGUGCCGAGAUCUAAACUGCCUUCAGAACGGACCAGUCACCGCGCAACAACCAAGAAAAGGGUUGAAGAUGAUGAUGACAUGCGUAUGCUGGCAUCGUGGGCAACUUAAGCACACUAAGGCAGCCUUAAUGUACUUAGCCAGAUCUCGCUCUCGCUGUAUUGUUUAGCUUUUGUUAUUAUUUUUGAAGGUUUUAGGGAAAAUUAAGAGCGUUAUAAUAUUAAGCGGCUAGCAGUGCCACUUUACAGGUGAUAUUUAUCAAGAAAUUAAGUGAAGGAAAAAACUAUAUGUAUUUUAGAUUUAUGUUCUCUUUUUAUCUUUUCCUUUCUUUACAGUGAUCAUACUAACUUAGUCUGUACAGAAUGCACUACUUUCAAAGGCCGAAUUAAGACAUAAUGAAGAUAUGACUGUGCUGUUAACACAUAAUGCUUAACUGUAAUCUCUGUACAUAGAGUCUGAUUCUGCAUUAAUGUUGUGAAUAUAUUGCUUACUUUCAUCAAUGUCCAAUAAACCUAUUUCUUACAUAUUG